ACUUGUCGUUUCGGUGGAAGGCUCAAACUCAAAGCAUCGUCAAGAAGUUCUAACAGUGCGGGGUCGCAUUUUGGAUGAGGCAGGGAGAAUAGUGGUAUUGAUUUGUUCCGUCUGAGCUGAAAGUUCUACUUUUCCGCUUGCGGCAGGAGUGGCGUAGUGCGGAAAAGGCGCUAAAUUCUCACUCAGCGACUCUCAAACUUGGUCAUUCUCAAAUUCUAUUUGUUUCCCGUUCCAAUUAACUCUUGCAGGUCUUGUGAAAUACAUCGAAGAUGUCGGGCGGGUUCUUCCGAGGCACCUCUGCCGAUCAAGAUACUCGUUUCUCGAAUAAACAGGCGAAGCUGAUGAAAUCCCAGAAGUUCGCUUCGGAAUUGGAUCAUGUGGUGGAUAUGACUAAGGUGAAGAUAGACACGAUCAAACCCUGGAUAGCUAAGAGGGUAACAGAGAUUCUUGGAUUCGAGGACGAAGUUCUGAUCAAUUUCAUAUAUGGACUGCUUGAUAGAAAGGACGUGAAUGGAAAGGAGGUGCAAAUCCAGCUCACUGGAUUCAUGGAGAAAAACACUGGGAAAUUCAUGAAAGAACUUUGGACUCUCCUGCUCAGCGCUCAGAAAAAUGCUAGCGGUAUACCUCAACAGAUAUUGGAUGCAACAGACGAGGAACUUAGGAAGAAGAAGGCGGAAGCGGAUCGAAUCACCCAUGAAAUACAUAAGAGGAAAGAGAAAGAGGGAAGGGAGAUCCAGCUAGAGAAGCUGAAGAAGAUGGACGUUGGUGAUGAUGAAUUGAGGGCCAAUAAAGCUGUACCUGAUGCAGUCUUGAAGCAUUCACAAGCCAGAGACUCCAGUGAAGAGAAAGAAGCUGAUAAAAGGAAUGGAUCUAGGAAGACGAACGGGGCUUUGAAAUCUCCAAAUUCAGUGGAUCGUUCCCCUUUUAGUCGCUCUCCUUCCAGGUCAGUCAGCAAGUCAUUUUCCAAUUCAAGGAGCUACUCAGAUGAAAGGCACAGAUCAAGAAGCAUGUCCAGAUCACCUAAACCACGAGAGCGUUCUAUUUCUCCCCAAAAGCGGAAUCGAUCUCCAAGGAGGCGGUCUGUUUCUCCUCGUUACCGGCAUUCACCACGAAAACCUCGUUCUCCUUUGCGGCAGAGAUCACAUCAUUCAAGACAUAGGUCAUCAUCAUAUUCAAAGCGAAGAUCUCUUUCUCCAGUGCGGCAUAGACUCUCCUCUCCGUCAAGACGUAGAUCACCUUCUCCUGUGCGGCGUAGAUUGCGUUCUCCUUUGAGAAAUAGAUCACCCUCUCCCGUGCGACGUAGAUCACCUUCUCCUGUACGACGUCGAUCACGUAGAUCUCCAUCACCUCCACAUCGAAGGUCUCCUCCUAUGCGUCGAAGGUCUCCACUUAGUGUCCGUAGGAGGUCACCGACUCCUUCCCGGCGUCGGUCUCCUCCGAGGUGGAGUUCCCCAUCACCAGUUCGGGGCAGGUCACCCUCUCCAGUUAGGAGAUUUUCUCCUCCUAGGUCCCCAAGCCAUAGGAGGAGAUCACCAUUGCAAUCUUCAAGACUAAGAUAUAGGAGUCGUAGUCCUUAUAAAAGUCGCAGUCCUGCAUAUCGAAGUCGUAGAAGCCUAAGUAGGGACCGUGAUCGUAGAUCUAAUGGUAUGGAAUCCAGAAGUGCACGUGAUGAUUAUGUCUCUCAAAGGGCCCGUGGGAAAACAUCUCCUGUUCGUCAUACUCCCAAGAGAGAGGUUGAACGACUAGGUCAGGCACACAGGGGAUCAGAUUCAGAGUCUCGCCAACCACGAAUUUCAUUGAGGUCACCACAACGAGAUCCUACCGUCCGAAGCAAUGCCAAUCAGAAAAAAGUUGCUAUGGCUCAUUCACCAGAAUUCUCUCAAAGCCUGUCAGAACCUUCACCGCACAUGAGGAAAUUAAGCCCUCAUGAGGAUAGGCCCUGUGAUCCAUCUGAGAGUCCUGUGAGGCAAGGGAAAGAAACCAUGAGUCAUGACAGUCCAAGUCCUGUGAGACGACCAAGAAAACAAAUAGCUCAUCAUGACAGAUCAGAAACAAGUUCGGAGGAAGAGAUGAGUUAUGCCAGGGAGGAUGGGGAUUAUAGAAUUAAUUCUUCAGAAAGAAGAAUCAGGCAGUCACCCACAUUUGGCCAUCAGAACAAUUAUUCUGUGAAGGACUUCCAAGAGAAAGUGUACUCUCCUGAAAGAGUGGAAGGUCAUCAGUCUGCUGAAGCUAUAGGCAGUCUAGAUAACACAGAAUUGAGAAAGAAAGACCAGGACAAACAGAGUUUGAAAGCUUCAAUGGGGACUGCUCAUUCAGAAAGUCCCAGCCAAAAAGAUUCUACCGUGUUGGGAAAUGUUGAGUAUGGACCUUGGAGGCCGGAUGGAAGAAGCUUUGUACCCGAUGAUAUUCAGGAUGGACAACAAUCUGCCAAGAAAAGUGGAAGAGAUUCUCCUUCAUUAAGUGAAAAAUUACAGAAAUCAUAUUCCAGAGAAUGUAAUAAAUCGGAGGAGAGGAAGCAUUCUCAUUCAAGCAAUGCUGAGGAAAGGGACCGGGGUCACAAGACAGAGGUAUUACGGACAUCAUUGAAGAAGGUUGAUAGGAAGAAUCGUCCUGGUUCCUCAAAUUCUGAUUCAGAGGAAAAUGAGGAAUACAGACGUGAUUACAUGGAGAAGAGAAAGCAUAAGAGAUCAAGUAGGCAUGAAGUGGAUUUGGAUGAUAAUGCAUCAUAUGAUGAUUCUGAAAUUGAUGAGAGGAAGGAGGCCAAGAGAAGAAGGAAGGAAGAGAAGAGAUUGAGGAAAGAGGAGAGGCGGCGACGGCGUGAAGAACGGCACCGUAGAAGGGAAGAACGCCGUGCAAGCAAGCUGAAAGCCAAGUCAAUGGACACAGUCACUCCACCUUCAGAUUGUGAAAAAAUCCGAAAUGAUGUUGUUGAUUCAGAACUUGACGUUGAUGCCAGGAAAGAGUCAAAUCCAAGUGAAACUGAAAAGCCAGAGUCAGAGCAGAAAAAACUUGAGAUUGAGCUGCGAAAGAAGGCUCUUGAAUCUCUAAGAGCAAAGAAGGGCAUUAGUCACUAAAUUGUUCUUGUUUUGGAUCAUCUUGCAGUUGUUCUUUUUUAUUGACAUUAUCAGUUAACAUUUACUACUAGGCAAUAUUUUACUAGAAAUGGCAGUUUUCCUGUUAUAUGUCAUAGCUGUUUAAUGUAGUCUGUGUUUACUGCUUUCAGCUUUACUGGAUAAAUGAAGAUUCCUGAGCUAUACUAGAUGUGCAACUUUGUGCAGAACUUGCUUCUAGAUUUUUCUGAUGAGAAUACUGUCAACUAGAUGACUUGGUUGAGCAGGGCCUUAUGCAGAGCCAGUUUUUGUACAUCAAAUCAGCUUGACAAUGCUGGGGACUGUUUUAAAAUUCACCAAGAUGAUAUAGGCUACCGACUCAUCCUAUCUUGAUCUUGAUGUCAGCUCUUAACUUUCUGUGGACCACAUCACAAUGUAUGUAUAAAUGCUGAUAAAUUAUAAAAGUUUAUGCAAAUUUUUUUUUUCAUUUGAA